AGCUCCACCCCUAAUAGCACCGCAGCUAAAGCAGGGCCACAGCAGUGCACAAAUAGGUGUGGAAGCGGUGGUCUUGGCAAACAUGUAACUACGGAGAAUCUUAAUUUUGCUGACUGAGAUUUUGGUAUUCGUCACCUCGCUUUGCGGGGAUCCCUGAGUGUCAGUCAAAUAAUAAUGGAACUUCACUUGACCUGUGCUUUCCGAAGACAUGCAUCCAAGUGCUUACAAUUUCAGAACAUGCUUCCAAAAUAAACGCGUGUUCUUGGUGUUGAUUUUGGCUACGUUCUUCCUUUGCUACGGUUUUUACAGUUUUAACUUAUGCGUCAUUACUGCAAGCCAAGAAUUCAUACAGGAUGUUUCCACAAGCACUGAAGAGUACUUUUCCCUUGGCCCUGAGAAUGCUGCCAGGGUUAAGGUUACAUACCCUGAAACUGCCUCACAGAAUUUCCUAGACAACGCCACGUGGGCGCACCAAUAUUCGGACCUGCAAGGUCUUAAAGCAAGAAGGAGGUUGCCCGUGGCUCUAAUAAUCGGUGUCAAAAAAGGUGGUACAAGAGCCCUUAUUGAAUUUAUCAGGGUUCAUCCUGACAUAAGGGCUGCUGGCUCUGAAAUUCACUUCUUUGAUAGGUUUUUUAAUCGUGGAUUUGAGUGGUACAGACUUCAAAUGCCACCAACCUACGACGGUCAGGUUACUAUGGAAAAGACUCCCAGCUAUUUUGUUACCAAAGAUGUACCUAAAAGGGUUUUCCAGAUGAACCCUUCAAUGAAAUUAUUAAUUGUAGUAAGAGAUCCUGUCGAACGAGCAAUAUCCGACUAUACGCAGGCUUCGAGCAAGAAGCUAGACAUGAGGAGUUUUGAAAAUCUUGCCUUCAUUAACGGAACUUCCGGCCUUGUGGACACAUCUUGGGGUCCAGUUCGGAUCGGGGUCUACAUCCGGCAUCUCGAGCGUUGGCUGAGACACUUUCCACUCAAUCAGUUUCUCUUCGUCUCUGGUGAGCAGCUAAUCACCAACCCUGCUGCAGAAAUGGCGAGGGUGCAAAAUUUUCUUGGUCUGCGACACCACGUGACGGAGAAGAAUUUUUAUUUGAACACCACAAAGGGAUUUCCAUGCUUGCUGAAGGCAGCAGGAAGCCCUGGACCCCAUUGCUUGGGUAAGACAAAAGGAAGAAAUCAUCCUCUAAUCAAGAUGAGCGUCAUCCAACUUUUAAGAGAAUUUUACCGUCCUUUCAAUGCACGGCUCUACCAGGUCACAGGAACAAACUUUGGCUGGCCGUAGCGACCAAGAAUUUGCACUUAAAGAUUUGAUAAAAACGUAGAUGACCGCACAAAUUUUAGUAUUUUGUCUUGUAUUGAUAUGUGCAUUCAAGAAAUAAUUUAAAUUAAUAAUGUUUAUCAGGUAUUUAUUUUAAAAAAGAUGAAAAAUUCAAGUGCCAAAUUUAGAAAAAAUAUUUAAAAAUAGCAAGUCUCAAUCUUAUUACAAGCCCGAGUACUUAUUGAUUGUUUUGGUGGAUUACAAUAUAGUAAAAUAUUUGCCAAAAAGAAAGUCACGCCUGAAAAUUAGUGUGUAUUAAAUAAUGCAAAAUGAUCAACAGACUGGUUCCUCAUUCAAUUGCACAAGUGUGUAAUCAAAUAUUUGAAUAUUGAUCUCAUGAAAGACAUGUGACUGCUUAAAAUAACGAUAAAAAGCAAUAAAUUUUCAGUUAAUUUGGGGUUGACAUUGACAACCUUUGUUAACUUUUUUCUUAAUUGUUAAAAAAGGAUCUACUGACACAAAAUGUAAUUUUGUUGUUAAUUUUGCUCCAUUAGGCACUGAAUAACUAUUUUACGGAGAUGCUUUGAUUUGACAGAAAUUAUUAAAUAGUGCUGUUACUUUAUAGUCACAAAUGUUUAAAAUCUUAAACGAGGAACAAAUUUUAGUCAUGUCAUAAUAAGAGUCAUUUUGUAAGUCGUAUGUCUUAUCCUUUGAGAGGUAAUUAAUGUAUCACUUCGCAUACUUUCACAAUAAUUUGCACUGACAAAACUAAUUUUUAUUAGUUCUUAUUAUCGAGUCUGCCCGACAAUGGUAAAGCAAUCUUAAAAGAGAAAUAUGUACAAAUUAAGUAGGGGACGGAGGGAUAAUCUUUUAUUUAAUGUUAAAUUUUGCAAAAAGAAGUUUUGAAAAUUGUUACAACAAAUAUUAUUUAUCUUAGGUCAGUAAAAAUUAAAUGAAUUAAAUUAUAUGGAACUGGUUAAGUGCCAAUUAAAAAAAAACAAUUUUCUGCUUAAGACCCAAAGAGUGGGUUUAUAAUUGUGCAAAUUGAAAUGAUUGUUGUAUUCACUGAUGAAAAUAAAAAAGUUUACAGAAA